AAAGAAAAUAUCUGCCAUUCGUUUCUUGCACUACGAAUCGAGCGAGGAGCAAAUUACCAUAUCCUCACCUUGCCCAUCUAAGCUGUGCAGCGGCGAUGGACGUCCCCGACGAAACGUCGCCGUUCCCCAUCGGCAGCAGCGAGGGAGCCGCCGCGCCGACGGCGGCGGACGCGUGGGAGGCGGUGGCGCAGCUCCCGGCAGAGGAGCACGGGAGGGGGUGGGAGAUUGUAGCGACCGACGCCUGCACCCAUGACGACUGUUCCAUCUUCCCCCCUACCCUCCACGAGGGGCUCUACCUCCGCUACGACUCACUCCCAGUCCUAGCCCCUCCCAUACCUCCCCAAGAACAGGUUAGGGUCGUCGAGGAGCCGUCAUCUUGGCCCAUGAGGUGCGAAGAGGUGGGAGAGAUGCGACCUACGCGAUGGGGGCCGCUCUCGGAUUCCGCUAGGCGGUUGAUCGGGUCGGGGAUUGAGGUGAUCCGUGCAAAAAUCUCACUUUGUAAAGGAGGAGGAUUAGGUCUUUCGACCGGAAGGGGGGUUUGGUCGUUCAUGGCAGUGGCCGGAUUCGUGGGCGCUUUGAUGUAUAUGAAACGGAGGCACCGGCGGGAGAAGGAGUUGCUUCUUCUCCUACUUUCAGAGAAGGAUCAGAGGAUACGGGAGUUGUUGAAUCAAAUUGCUCUGAUGAAUCAUAUCAUAGCUGCGGGUUACCGAAUACCUGUUACGAAGCAUACAUGAAAUCUUUAUGGCUGUUGGAUGAAAAUGUGAUGCUUGCUGUUGCAUUAUGUUUGUCUCCUGAUGGUAGUCAAUUUCUCUCUGAUGUGUUAAGGACUGUGGCUUCACAUCAUUGGUGUACAAACCUGAGGGGUAAUUAUUUUUCUAAAGCUGUUACAAAUCAAUAAGAAAUAUAGUUACCAGAGUUUGGCGUCA